GUCUCAUAAAAAGAAAAUGCCUGUCAUGGAACAAGGACUGAAGCAAGUUGGUUUUAUCGAGGUGAGAGGAGCAUUAUCUCAUCUUUAGCCAAAACAAAGCAGCCGAUAGAGACAUGUCUGAUCAGCGACAUAAUUUACCAAGAGUUGUGGGUCCAUUACAUGGUAGAGGAUCUAUUAGAAUGGUACCAACACAAGUGUUACGAAGGAGCACAGGGAGACAACUGGCUACAGAAUCCAACCAUUCUAAAAAAGCAUAUAGAGAUCAGAAAGAAUCUGACCAGGAAUAUAACAAAGAAAUGAAUGAGGAAAACGUUCCUUCAUCUGGACAAGUUCAUCCUCGUACUGUACGAUAUAAUGAAAGAGGACGGACGAACCAGACUUCCUCCUAUCAAGAGAAACUACAAGAGACUACAAGCAAUCAAAGCAGGCGAGUAAAAGAAUCAGGAACUAUACCAUUUAAUAGAGGUAUUCAAGCCAAACAAUCCAAAACCAAAACACUGUUUGUGAAAUUUGGAGAGACAAUACAGGAACAUAUUGACAUAUUUAGCUAUCUUUUACAGAGGCUACCAAAUGGCAUGAAAUUCACUUACUUAGAACAAACUACUGAUGAAGUUACUGGGAACACAAUUGUUGUUUUGCAGUGUCCAAGUAGAUAUGAUGCUGAACACCUUGAGGAGGAACUGGAAAAAAGUAAUGAUGAAUGCGACACAAAAAUCUGCUGCUUUAAUUCGUUUGAAGAAGCACAUGGUCUGCCAAUGUCAACUAAAGAGAAAAAUCACAUAUUUCUUGAAAAAUGCACAAAAGAUAUAAUGACAAGGACAGAGUUGUCUUUGGCAGCACAUGAAGCCAAGAUAGAAGAGUUGACAGAGAAGAUAAUGCGACUUCAGCAGUCGAAACCAAAAUUUUUGUCGUUGGAAGAUUUCGCCAUAAUUGACCAAGAACAGAAAGCAAUUGAAGAUAAACUGAAAGAGCUACAACGUCAAAAAGUUGAAUUUCAAAAUUUUAUUGCAUCAGUUCAUCUCAAAUUCAUUGAAAUACAAGACUCUCCUACUUGUCAGAAACCAGCUAUUGAAAUCAUGAAAGCAUUUGGCGUGGAAUGUAACAGACUUGAUAAAGCCUUACCGAUGUACGCAAGAAGGUCGGAUAUCCUUGAUAUUGUGAAGAACAAUCAGGUGUCGGUGAUCAUUGGGGAAACUGGAUCCGGAAAGAGCACACAGAUGGCCCAGUAUCUCUAUCAAAGCGGCCAUGCAAACAACGGGAUGAUCGCCUGUACUCAACCACGCAAAAUCGCCGCCAUCAGUGUUGCUACACAUGUAGCAAGCGAAAUGGGCACAUCUGUAGGAGACAUUAUUGGAUAUAAGGUUGGAAUGCAAGAAAAGAAAACAUCAUUUACAAAAGUUUUGUUUAUGACAGAUCAUGCUCUAUUGAAAGAAUGUCUUCGGGAUAGAAAUUUAUCUUCAUUUUCUUGUAUCAUCAUUGACGAAGCACACGAGCGAAGUAUAUACACUGAUCUGCUACUCGGUAUGAUCAAAAGCUGCCUUGACGUGCGUACCGACCUUCGUGUUGUGGUCACAUCUGCUACGAUUGACCCUGAGGUCUUUGUCCAAUAUUUUGGUAAAUGCCCAGUACUGUCCGUGUCUGGAAGGAUGUUUCCCGUAGAGGUCAUAUGGAGAGAGCCCGAUUCUGAUCAGGAAUCGUUCUCAAACUACAUAGAUGAAUGUGUCAAGAAAGCUAUGGAUGUUCAUUACAACCAACCUGAAGGAGAUAUCCUUGUGUUUGUUACCUCUCCACAAGAGACGGAAAUAUGUUGUGAGAAGUUUAUGAAUUUCACGGAAGAAAGAGAUGGAAAUUUUGUUUGUCUACAGCUGCACGGGAAACUUCAAGCUGAAGAACAGAGAAAAGUGUUUGAUACUAUUAUUGGUAAACGCAAAAUCGUGUUUGCUACUAACAGUGCUGAGACCUCAGUUACUAUCCCAGGCAUUCGGUAUGUUAUUGACACUGGCUUGGCUAAGGAGAUGAGUUAUGAUCCGAAACGGAAGAUGAACACAUUGGCCGUAACAACAGUGGCACAAAGCUCAGCUAAUCAGCGAAAAGGUCGUGCGGGACGACUUGGACCUGGGGUAUGCUUUCGACUAUAUACAGAGGAUGAAUAUGAUACAAUGAAAGCGAACAUGGUUCCAGAGAUACUACGAGUGAAUCUUGGCCAGGCAAUGUUGAAACUUAUGGAACUUGAUAUUGAUCCUUUGGAGUUCGAUUUUGUCAUGUCACCAUCUAAAGAAAAUAUGGAAAGUGCAGUAAGCGAGUUGGAAAAUCUUGGAGCUGUAUCUGCAAGAAGAAUAACCGAUCUUGGCAAAUGGAUUUCAAAGUUGCCUUUUGAUCCGAAGUUCGGAGUUUUCAUCCAUAAUACACUGUCUAUUGGCACUGGUCUCGAGGGGAUAGUUAUAUCUGCGGCUUGUAGCGGUGGUCCUGUCUUCUUCAGAGCUGGAACAACUGACGAAAAAGAGCAAGCCGAUCGAAAAAAGAUGAAGUUUUGCCACGAAAACGGAGACUUAAUGACUAUGUUGAACGUGUUUAGAGAAUGGUCCCGUCAGCCUGAAAAAGCCAGAGGGCCGUGGUGUUUUGAUCAGUCAAUUAACGGCAAAGCGAUGAAAGGAAUCAAAGAAGUUGCCAAAGAAGUUCUAUUAACGCUGAAAAGAGAACUGCAAACAGAAGUACAAUUUCGAUUUGAUGACCCAGACAAUGUAGACCACAAGCUUAUCAAGCCUCUUCUAAAGAUAUUUCGUGGAAAUAUCAGCCACUAUCUUGGUCAUCCAAAGGCAGGGUAUGUUCUCGUUACAAAGGACCAGAGAGUAGAAGUUCAUCCAUCAUCAUCUUUGAUAUCUUUGGGAAACCAGCCGGAGUGGCUUGUCUUUGAUCAGGUGAUGAAGACAUCAAGGGACUUUGCAAUGAAUAUAACACCAGUUAGCAAAGAAAUGGUGUUAGACGGCAUUGAAGAGGGAUUACUGGAUCUGGAUAUUAAAGAAGCCAGAAGAAAACGAGUUAUACCCAUUGUUACAUCAUAUGUGGGAUCAAAAGUUUUUAGGGAAGUUGUAGGACCUCGAUAUGCAACUCUCCGAACUUUCGAGGAAGCGUUGGUUGAAAAAUGUCUCGGAUCAAUCGUUGUGGUUGAAGCUGACCGCGAAAUCGGCGAACUGAAGAUAUUCUCUCAAAUUGCAAAUCAAGAAACGUUAGAAGGUUCUUUAGAUAACGUGCUUAAGCCUAUCAAAGAUAAUUUUCUUUGUGAGGAAAGGGAGGAAAAACUUGGUGUUAAGUCGACUGACCGAUCUGUAAGAGCUAUCCUAAGAGCAGGGGGCUGUACCAAGUCAUUGUUGAUGCCAGAUGAGUACAAGGUCGUGAUGAUACACUGUGCUAUAAAUAAAACACAAGAAUUGGAAUAUGAUGACGUAUUUCAACAUUUCAGCAAGUUCGGAACAAUUGCAAAAUGUAGUAAAUACCAUUUUAAGAAGAAUGCACCAUCUCUUUGGGGUCAAGUGGUUUAUCAGAAAACUGAGGAUGCUGUACGAGCAGUUUCUGAUACAAGAGGAAAUCCUGAUCUCUCCGCUCGUCCAAGCAUUAGAUUGAUAAGUGAACAAUCUGAUAAAUUCAAAGUACGCAUACAGUGGUGUCGCAGACGUUCACGGGGGUUUGGAUUCAUCACAUUUAGUAGCAUGCUAGAUGCCGACAAUGCCAUUCGGAAAGGUCACAUUUUGGUUGGUAAUUCAGUGGCCAAGGUCAAACCAUCAAAAACAAAAGCAGCCAACCUAACCACAGAAGGACAGAUCCAUGUAGCUGGACUAAGCCAAAUGGUUAAUGAGGAUGUGUUGAGGGAAAGCUUUGCCAAAAGUUUGGAUUUGGAUCCAGUCACCAGUAUAACAAGAGUUACUGUCAUCAGGGAAAAGGUCAGCAGUGAAAGUGAAGACAUUCUUAACAUAAUAAAACGACGACUUCGUGCAGAAAUCGAAAACUAUGUCGAUCAAAAUUCCUACGCGUUAGAGCUGAGACCAAUCCAACGAGAAACUGAGAUCAACUUCACUGCAUUUGUUACGUUUGAUAAGCCCGAAGAUGGCCAAAUAGUAUGUGAAAAAAUGGACCACAAAUUUGUAUUGAAUGAUCAGACUGUGUCAGCCAAGGCUGUUCUACAUUGUUCUUUGUACAUCCCGAAGAGAAUAUACGAAAAGAGCAGCGAUGCUGUAAGUCUGUGCGUCAGAGAGCUGGAAACAGAGGGAGUUCGAAUGAAAACGAAAACACUCCGAAAUGAGAACGUUGUUAUUGAAAUAAACACAGAUGAUGUUGAAACCCUCGUCAGAGCAAGGCGAUCUUUCCAAGACAUCAUAAAAGGAGAAGUAAUCGAAUGUGACGAGUCAGUUGAGUUGAAGUCGUUAUUCACAUGGGAAGGCCGAAACAAGUUGAAGCAUAUCAUGCAUCAAACAGAAACGUUCAUCCUUGCAGACAAUAGGGUGAUGUCUGUCUCCAUCCACGGGCUCCAACAAAAUCGACAAAGAGCGAAACAGAAAAUCGAUGAGUUUCUGUUGGAAAUAUCCUCUGACACCUCCGAAAUCGUGAUUUUAAAAGGCGAGGGAAAGCCACCAGGAGUUUUGAAGGCACUUUUGUUGAAAUACACAUCCGAUUUCUCCAAACUGUGUCAAGAAACUGGUCUUGUUUCUGUUCGAUUGGAUCAAAGAAAUCAUCGGUUGAUGUUGUUCGGAUCAGAAAGCACUGUCAAUGCAGCAAAAACACUCAUUAGGGAAGUGAUGGGGAGUUUAAGUCCUAUUGGUGUUAAAGUAGAAGAAGAUGAUCCGGAAUGUAUCACAUGCUUUUGUCCUAUGGAGCGAAAAGAUUUGUACCGUAUAGAAUGUUGUGGUCACCCUUACUGCAAGGAAUGUCUCCAGCUCCAAGUUCAAACGUCCAUCACACACAGGGAAUUUCCGCUGAAAUGUGAAAUGGAAGACUGCAACACUCUAUUUACGUGGCAAGAUAUCACCAGUCUUUCGAAAAUGGGUUACAUCAAAAUCUCCGAACUAACCGAUUCGUCAGUAGGUAAAUUUGUCCAAGAAAACAAAAAGAAAUAUCGUUUUUGCAUAACGCCUGACUGUUCUGUUGUGUACCGAAUUACAGAGAUUGGAAAGCUGUUUUCUUGUCCAGAAUGCAACAUAAGAUUAUGUACAAGCUGUCAUGUACAGUUUCAUGAUGGUAUCACAUGUGCCAUGUUCAAAGCAGAGGGAAACGAAGAUCAAACUAUGAGAAGCUGGUUCUCUGAGAACAGAGCUAACCGAAAAAGAUGUCCAAACUGUGCUAUGCCUAUAGAAAAGAACGGCGGAUGCAACCAUAUGACGUGUUUGUCAUGUAAAAAACAUAUUUGUUGGCUGUGUCUGGAUUUCUUUGACGAGUGUGGCGCAUGUUACGGCCAUCUUGGUAAAGCUCAUGGUAGCUUUGUUUGAAGACGUUUAAUUACAGUCCCCUGAUGUUAACAUGACCAGAGGAUCCAGUUGUCAUGUGUAAGUGCAACAUAGAAUACAAUUAUCCAGAAAAAAAGUACAGAAGUCGCGAGAAGUGGAAAACAAAGUUUAGAUAGAAGUGAAAACUGUGUCUUGUUUUGAGCGAAGAAUGCUUCUUGUGAAUUUGCUGUAUGCGUAGAGAAAGGUUAAAACGUCGCACUUGACCUCUUUCAAAAUAAAAAGUUUGUGUAUGCGACAUCUCCUGAACCCCAAGACAAAUAUACAUAUAGUUCACAUCAACGGCAUCACACCAUCAAAAUAUGCACCUGAUAAGAUGCCGAUGGGCAUCUGUCAAGGUUAAAGGUCAAAGAUGGCGCUUACAACAUGAACCUUAACACAGAUUUAGUUCAUAUAUACACCAAAGCAUCACAUCUUCAAGUUAUUUUAAUAUUUGGUCUUGGAUAGAAGUCAAAGGUCACAUUUGACCACUUUUGAACUUUUGAAACUUGUGAACUCAUAUUCACCCAAUAACUUCAAAACAUCAAAUUACACACAAAAUUCGAUUUUUGUGGUCAUUAAGGUUCAUCUUUGUUGGUUGUAGAAUCAACGAAUAUAUUUUAUGUUUUGCUCAGUAGGACCGAGAAUAGCCAGGGCGAUUUUCCUGUUGUCACGUGAUCUUUCGGACACGUGACCUUAGUACUAUUGAGGAAGAUCACAGUAGUGGUAGAAAUAUUUAGGUAUGUAAUCUGUGUUGUGAGCUAAAGUUCAAAUCUAUUCUUAUGCUAAAUGUCAAAGAUUACAUUUGACCACCUCUGAAAUAAAAAAAAGUUUAGUACACAUGUUAUAUCUUUCCAACAAUACAUUUAUUUCGUUGGUGGGGGUAUAUCUACUAAUAUAUAUAUAUAUAUAUAUAUGUACCCGUGCGUUUAUUUCCAACACAGUAGUUUGCUCAUAUUGCAUAAUUUUCUGAUUACAUCUGCAAUACCCAUGGUUUUGAUGUUGAAUAUGUCAAGAAACUGAGAAAUAAAUACAUCACGCCAUCCUCUAACAGUGAUACAAUGAUAAACGGUUUGACAUAUUUUAUACCCGCGGAUGUUUAUUACCAAGCAAGACAUAUACUGAAACGUCAGCUCGUCCUUAGAUACAAUGACAGAACGAUAUCGUUAUGAUAGAAGAACAUCUACGAAGCAUUUUGAAAUAUGGAAUUUGGUUUGAUGGUAAUAUUUUCCUUACGUUUUUUAAAGGGUCUCUGUGUACAUCUAUGUUUUGUGAUAUCUUAUCCUCGUUUUAUCCGUUUUGAGUUACAAUUACGAUUUCGUUUGCUUGUCAGUAACCUUUUGCUUAAUAUUUCAUGUUAUCACCAUCACCCAUGAUAUUUAUAGACAAAAAUGUUAUUGCUGAAAGAAUGUCAUUUUUGAGCCAGUUUUCAUCAAACUUUAUUUCCAUUUUUUAUUACCAUUGUCAAUAUUUUCAUUGUAAUUAAUCAAAAUUAGCAUUAUUUUUAGUUCAUCUCUUCGAAGAAGAGGGAAAGCUUAUGAUGUCACCCCGACGUUGGCGUUAGUAUUCCAACUUUUAAGUUUUUGGUGCUGAAACGCAUUAACAAAUCACCUCAUAAUUGUAUUAGGGUAAUGCUAUUGACUUUAGGUUCCCUGUUGAGUUAUACUAUCCUCUCCUGGAGUCGAACUAAAAAAAAUUUUUGGGAAAAAGGUCUGCUUUUUGACAUGUUAUGGACUCAGACAAAUACUUGAAAUUUUUGGUGCAAGUGUUGAAAGGCAUUAACAUAUCACUUUAUACUUGUACUAGGGUACUGAUAAUUGACAUUAAGGCCCCUUUGGGAUUGGACUAUUCAAUCCCGGAGUCAACUUAAGGGAUUUUUAGAGAAAAAAAACCCAGCUUUAUGAUGACAUUUGUUUUUGCGUUUUUGAAGACAUCGGAUAUUUUGUUUAGCUCUUUUUGUUUUAAUUAUGUCAAUUAGAGUUGAGUCUUACAAAUUUAUUCUAUAUAUGUUGAUUAUUUAUUGACAAAUAUUUGCGAGACGAGCGAUGCUGUUGUACAACAGCUCUUGUUUUUAGAAAGUAAUCAAUCAAAUUAACAUUGCAAUCAUAAUGUAUUAUGAUUACUUUGCUCGUGAUUUAUUUACAUAUAGCCCGCACUUAAAACGCAGACAUUGUGACUUAACUAUACAAAUUGUGUAUGUUCAUUUUCUGUAUCCCGUUUUAUACCAUUUGUGAUCUCCAGUGUAUUUGUUUGGCCAGGACAGUGUUGUCUACUCUAGGAACAAUAUAUGGUAGACGUGAGUUGCCUCCCUACCUGGACAGUAACUUAUAUAGCUUUUUGUGUACUCAAUGGUGAAUUACAUUGUACAUGUUAGUGUUCUCACCUGCCUUUGUCUACUGCAUUAAAUCAUAAUUACCUAUGUAUAAAAGCUGUAUUGAGUCCUAAGUAGUUAACGCAUGAUAUACCGGAAGAUAUAGAUUUAAUACAAUACACUUUCAAUAUACUUACGUAAAUAAUUGUUAAAUGUUAUAUACAACUUUUUGUUCUAUUCUUAAUUAAAUAUUCAGGAAACUGUUAUGUUCUGAAGAUAUCGUUGUCCUCAAAAAUAUGCUUGACGUUUUGAGGAGGUAUUCGGAGAAUUUGACUGUAAAUGUAGAAAAACUAAAUACAGAAAACAUAAGCGAUUGUUACCAAAUGAACUAUGCAAAAAUGAUGGAAAGGUUUUAGAGGUGGUAGAUACGUUUUGAUACUCAGACUUGAUAUAUGGUAUUUAAUUAUAAUGGCAUAUUUACAGUGGCACAGGAUAACAUUGCUGCGCAAGGCAGAAAUGUGUAUUAUCUCUUCAGUUGAUUUAUAUUGUCAUAUUCCGAUGUCACUGAAUUAUUUUGUACAUUUGAAACUGAAAUAGAAUUCAAUCCAUUCCAAUUGAAUGUAGACAUCACGAUCGUAUUUUCGCCAAGAGUUUUAUAAAAGUAACUCAGGUGUAGCUGUCUUGACAGCAAUUCGCAAUCCAUUAUUAAUUUGUUUAGGUACUCUUUGUUAAAUAUACAAAUCGUAUACAUUUUUGAUGUUUUAAUCAUUGCUAACAUACAUUGUAACAAGUUAAAGUUGAAAAACUCAAUUAUUUUGUUUAGUUGCUGAAUUCAAUUAUCUUUAUUCAAUGUAGUAUUUUAUAGACAAUAAAUCACUUCCUGUUCUGGCGUUUAUUUUAAAGCCAUGGAUCACCGUUAAAGAUGUGAGUGGUCAUAUGACGUCAUGUUGUCCUCUAUCUCUAUAGUACUAUAGAUAUGAGUGGUCAUAUAACGUCAUGUUGUCCUCUAUCUCUAUAGCACUAUAGAUGUGAGUGGUCAUAUAACGUCAUGUUGUCCUCUAUCUCUAUAGCACUAUAGAUGUGGGUGGUCAUAUAACGUCAUGUUGUCCUCUAUCUCUAUAGCACUAUAGAUGUGAGUGGUCAUAUAACGUCAUGUUGUCCUCUAUCUCUAUAGUACUAUAGAUGUGAGUGGUCAUAUAACGUCAUGUUGUCCUCUAUCUCUAUAGCACUAUAGAUGUGGGUGGUCAUAUAACGUGAUGUUGUCCUCUAUCUCUAUAGCACUAUAGAUGUGGGUGGUCAUGUUGUCCUCUAUCUCUAUAGCACUAUAGAUGUGGGAGGUCAUAUAACGUCAUGUUGUCCUCUAUAGCACUAUAGAUGUGAGUGGUCAUAUAACGUCAUGUUGUCCUCUAUCUCUAUAGUACUAUAGAUGUGGGAGGUCAUAUAACGUCAUGUUGUCCUCUAUCUCUAUAGUACUAUAGAUGUGGGUGGUCAUAUAACGUCAUGUUGUCCUCUAUAGCACUAUAGAUGUGGGUGGUCAUAUAACGUCAUGUUGUCCUCUAUCUCUAUAGCACUAUAGAUGUGGGUGGUCAUGUUGUCCUCUAUCUCUAUAGCACUAUAGAUGUGGGAGGUCAUAUAACGUCAUGUUGUCCUCUAUCUCUAUAGCACUAUAGAUGUGGGUGGUCAUAUAACGUCAUGUUGUCCUCUAUCUCUAUAGUACUAUAGAUAUGAGUGGUCAUAUAACGUCAUGUUGUCCUCUAUCUCUAUAGCACUAUAGAUGUGGGAGGUCAUAUAACGUCAUGUUGUCCUCUAUCUCUAUAGCACUAUAGAUGUGGGUGGUCAUAUAACGUCAUGUUGUCCUCUAUCUCUAUAGCACUAUAGAUGUGGGAGGUCAUAUAACGUCGUUUGUCCUCUAUAGCACUAUAGAUGUGGGUGGUCAUAUAACGUCAUGUUGUCCUCUAUAGUACUAUAGAUGUGGGUGGUCAUAUAACGUCAUGUUGUCCUCUAUCUCUAUAGUACUAUAGAUGUGGGUGGUCAUAUAACGUCAUGUUGUCCUCUAUCUCUAUAGCACUAUAGAUGUGGGAGGUCAUAUAACGUCGUUUGUCCUCUAUAGCACUAUAGAUGUGGGAGGUCAUAUAACGUCAUGUUGUCCUCUAUAGCACUAUAGAUGUGGGUGGUCAUAUAACGUCAUGUUGUCCUCUAUAGCACUAUAGAUGUGGGAGGUCAUAUAACGUCAUGUUGUCCUCUAUCUCUAUAGCACUGUAUUUACACUUGCAAAGUUUUGUCACUAUAUAACAAUACCAGACCGAUUUGUUUACCAUUCUUGCAUGGAAACAUUGACCUUUGAACUUUCGUAUGAAAAUAUGACAGGGUACGGGAACUACUUUCGCCAAGCACAUGGCUUUGUUUACAUUUACAAUUUAAGUUUGUUUACCAUUGUUAAAUGUAUAAAAAUAAUAUGUUUGACAAUAUUAUAUAUGAUAAUCUAUCAAAAUGUUUUUGUUAUUUAUGUUAAUAUCAUAAUAAAAAACAGAACUAUUUUUUUCCGCGGAAAAAAGUCUCAAUUUAUUGUGAAGGGUCACCAUUGGCUGUUCUAAUAAUUGACUCCUCCCACUGUGUCCGACUUUUAUAUGAUUUUUUUUAUUAACAAAGAAAAAAUAUCGUAAUCACAAAGACUUAUAGAAACAACAUCCAUAAGUGUAAAUAUAGGGAUUGGAUUUCACUUUUAUGUUAACCAUGCUUUUAUGGAGCAAUUCCUCUAAGAAUAUAUUCUAUGGGGCGCUAGAAAAUCUCUCUAAGCAGCAACUCUUAAAAGCCAUACAUUGUUAUAGAAUUGUUAUGCAUUGUUAUAUAAUUGUUAUACAUUGUUAUAUAAUUGUUAUACAUUGUUAUAUAUUUGUCUCCGUUGUAAGAUGAUUUCCGAGUAGUCAGCAUGACGACUUUUUUUUUUUUUUUUUUACAAGUGUAAAUACGUAAGACAUAUGUUAUCGUUUUUUCUUGUUGAGUUUUACUUAUAUUGAUGACAUCCAAGUGUUUUUCAAGCUUCCAUAUAUCUUAAUUGACCCGUGAGAUAGUUCCCGUGUUGAUAUUGAACACGUUCAAAUUUAAUUAAAAUGAUAAAAUAUGUGACUAAUUCACUUUGAAGGCAUUCGUUGUGGUAUGUUGGAAGUCGAGGGAAUAUACGAGCAUCUCUUGUAAUACAUUCGUUAUUUUGAAUUCCUCUGGUUAACAGUUGUUUUCGGGGACAUCGUUACCCGCGGAUGUCUUGUGGAAUAGUUACAUCUUUUUAUAUCAUCUUGGAAAAUAAACUUGUAUCAUUUUCAUCAAAGUAUUUUUUAGAUAUGUACAUGUACAUAAUUACCUUGUGGGUCAUGAACCGCAUCAAUAUAUGAUCAACAGACUGUUAUUUGUUAAUCAUUAUUUCCUUGUCGUAAUAAAGAACCGUUAUACGCCAUGCUGCUUUAGCUACCCAGAGACGCUCGAACUGUGGUAAUUCUACUGGCUAUCUUGUUAAACAAGAUUUGAUUUGUAAAACCCCCAGCUAAAUACUGUCUGUCGAUUGUCCAAGAAGUACAUAUUGCGGGAAAGUCGACAGUUUCAUGCGUACCGGAAAUUCUGACAAAAUAGAUGUAUGUAUAUCAAACACAAAGGUUUAAAAGUGAAAAUUAUAAGUUCAGGAAUGUUUUCCUUGCUUGAAAUGUGUAAUUUUAAAAUAAAAUGUUGAAUGGCA